CGCGGCGCGGCAGUGCUGAGUUAGCCGUCGUGGACCCCGGACGCCCUGCCCUCGCCUCCAUGCUCUGGCCCCGCCAUGCUCCACUCCUCCGACACACACAAGAACGGCUUCGUCCCCGGGGGCAACAAGGCGGACUCGGGCGCGGGUCGCGAGGUGGCGGCACACCCCAGCGAGCUGCAGCCCCUCAACAAGGACGAUGGCAGUAACGGCGACGCCCCCAGCGACGGUAUGGAAGUGCGGGUAACCAUCCGAGAGAACCCGCUGGUGGAGGGUGACGAUGCAUGGGGCACCAGCAACAACCCCCAGCAGCAGCAGCAGCAACAACAACAGCAACAGCAGCAACAGCAACACCUGCCUGCAGUCAUUCAGAAGCGCCGCAAAAGAACGCUUCUGGAGCGGUACCUCAUUGCGACGACGGUCCUGUUAUCUGUGGCCUGCGUGAUCUCCGUGGUGCUCCUGUUGUACCAACCUACUGACACAGAUUCGUCAAGAAUAUGUUUAACCGAAGAAUGUGUAAAGACAGUGCCCAAGGACGCUGUUGUGCAGUCACAAAGGCCUGUUGUUUGGCCUCCUGACGAGAUGAACUCAAGGUCGGCACUCAAGACCCCUGUGGCUACGUAUGACCAUGCUGAGACCAGGCUUUGUGUCCUUUGUGUCAAGAAACAAGAACAGGACAUGUUGCUCUAUGUUUGGAGAGGCAUAGACAAAUGUGCAGAUAAGAUCACAUCAAAUCUAGCUGCUCGACGGUCUCGAAGAAUAAGAUUGUGUUGGGGGAUUUUCUCAAAACCUGCGGGUUCUAUUCAUCGUAUUUCUGGCUUAGGGUCUGAUGAUUCACAAUCACUUAUAAAGAUUGCCUUUUGGUACAUGAGUCAAUUUAGCCGUCGUUAA